AUGACUUGGGACAAUCAUAGAGACGGUGCUAAUCACAUUAAGUCAGCCCUGGACAAAGCUCUAGUAAAUAACGGUUGGCUGCAAAUCUUUCCUAGGACGGUCGUUCGGUCUCUCACCACCUGCAAUUCUGACCAUCGGCCCCUCUUUAUUAAUACCGACUCUUCGGUCUCUAACGCCAGACGGCCUUUUCGCUUUGAAGCUUGGUGGACAAGGGACCCUCGUAGUUCCUUGGUGGUGGAUCAAGCGUGGGGGUCUGUUUCACAUGAUUGGGCCCCUGCUAGAGUGUUUAAGAAAGGUGGUGCGACCCGCCUGGCCCUGAGUAACUGGAAUCGGGUGCAAUUUGGCAAAUUGGAUUCUUGUAUCUCUAAGUUGGAGGGUCAAUUACAAGCUGUCCAGAGUUUGCCUGCUGGUGAAAGAAAUUGGGCUACGGAGGUGGAGGUGAGGAAAGAGCUUAAUGAGGCUUUAAGGCGGAAAGCAAUUUACUGGCAACAGAGAUCUAGGGUCUCUUGGAUUAGGGAUGGUGAUAAGUGUACUAAUUUUUUCUUCAUUUCUGCCACGAUCCGUAAUAGAAGAAACUCGGUGGACAGUAUCUUGAACAAGGAUGGUGUGUGGAUAACUAAUAAAGAAGAUAUUGGUAAUGAGUUUACUAGUUUUUUGGGUGACAUUUUCAAAAACCCGCCUCUGGGCCCUCUCCAAAGCCUAGACUACUUAAUCCAUGAUCAUCUAUCCCCUUUGGAGCAGUCUGAGCUUGAGGUCAUCCCAGGUCACGAGGAAAUUAGACAAACGCUGUUCUCUAUGGGAAGCUUGAAGGCUCCGGGUCCGGAUGGUAUGCCAGUUCUCUUCUACAAACACUAUUGGAACUCUGUGGGACAAGACUUUUGCGAUGCAGUUGUGGACUUUUUCCAGUCAGGGAAUAUGCAUAGAGGCUUUAAUGCUACAAAUAUUACUCUCAUUCCUAAGGUCCCCAACCCAAAAAAAGUAUCCCAAUUCAGACCUAUCUCUUUGUGCAAUGUGAUUUAUAAGGUAAUCUCGAAAAUCAUUGCAAAUAGAAUCAGAGUGUUCCUGCCCAGAUUGAUCUGUCCUACUCAAGCAGCUUUUGUCCCUGGCCGGAACAUCCAAGAUAAUAAUGUUUUAAUCCAAGAGAUCAUACACUCCUUCAAGAGAAAAAAAGGGAAAGAAGGGUUUUUUGCAAUCAAAAUUGACCUGGUUAAGGCAUACGACAAACUGAGUUGGCAAUUUAUUGACCAUGUUUUGCGUAGUUUCAAGGCCCCUGACAAGUUCUGCCAUUGGGUACGCCAGUGUAUCACAACAACUUCCUUCAACCUUUUUCUCAAUGGAAGGAAAUUUAACAGUUUGACCCCGGAGUGUGGCAUUAGACAAGGAGACCCCCUAUCUCCGUACAUCUUUAUCUGGGCUGCUGAAAUCCUCUCGCGCAUCCUUGAGCACGCCCUUGAUAACGGUACCAUAAGUGGUAUAAAGCUAAGCAGAGAGGGCCCCAAACUCUCCCAUCUGUUCUUUGCCGAUGAUCUGAUCCUUGUUGGCAGGGCAAACCUUGAUGAAGCAAGGGGUAUGUGGCAUUGCCUGGAAAAGUUUUGUGAUUGGUCUGGUCAAAGAAUUAAUAAGCUCAAAACCUCCAUUUUCUUUAGCGGUAACACAAGUGAUGGUAUGAAACGAGGCAUCAGGCAAGCUUUGGGAUUGAACUGUGAAUUGGGUAACAUAAACUAUUUGGGACUCCCGCUUUUUAGAUCCCGCCAAAAGGAUGCAGAUUUUAACUUCAUUCUUGAUAAUCUGGUGUCAAAACUCCAUGGGUGGAAGUUAAAAUCGUUAUCAAAGGCUGGUCGUGCUACAUUGAUCAAAUCGGUGGGACUUGCUUUGCCUAUUUACACGAUGCAGACGACAAAGCUUUCUAAAAAGCUUGCAUCUAGGAUUGAUGGUAUGGUGAGGGACUUCUGGUGGGGCUGUGAACAAGGUAAUAGAGGCAUCUAUCUUAAAGCCUGGGACCAGUUGUGCCUUCCUAAGUCCCGUGGGGGGCUUGGAUUUAGAAAGACUGUGGAGAUGAACCAGGCAUUGCUCGCCAAGUGGGGUUGGGCUCUGCUGACUGAGGAAGAGUCGCUGUGCUGUAAUGUUCUCAGAUCUAAGUACCUUAAGGGUAAACCGUUUUUUGACUGUGAGGUUAAGAGCUCCGAUUCUUGGUUUUGGAAAAAUGUGGUGCGAUCAAAAGAGAUUUUAAGAAAAGGGGCGUGCAAGCUAAUAUCCGAUGGGCGAGAGACAAGUAUUUGGGACGACCCUUGGGUUAUCCACGGUACGGAUUUUUACCCUAAGUCUAAUUAUCGUCAACAACGGGGCUUGGAGAAAGUAUCGGAUUUACUGCUACCUGACGGGAAUUGGGACACACCCAAGCUCCACAACCUUUUUGACCAGGAAACUGUUAGUAACAUCUUAAGAGGCGGUAUUCCGAGUGGUCAGGGAAGGGAUAGAUGGGUCUGGACAAAAGAAUCAAAUGGUCUGUUUUCAACCAAGUCUGCAUAUCUUAUUCAAGCCCUUGAUCGGGCUCCUAUGUGCAACAUUGCUCCGGCACUAUGGAACAAACUUUGGAACUCAAAGAUUUUGGAGCGGCAUAAGGUCCAUUGGUGGAGUAUCCUUUCCAAUGCGCUACCCUUACGAGCCCCUCUUGCUAAGAGAAUGGGUUUUGAGGAGGUUUCCUGCCCUAUUUGUGGAGAGGCUGAGGAGACCACAGAGCACUUGUUCCUGUAUUGCAACUUUGCCUUCCACCUUUGGCGAUCCUCUCCUUGGGGGGUUAUGCCUGUGCUCGAUUCAGGAGCCCGAAUGUGGGACUGGGUUACUUUUCUAUGGAAUCUUAAAUCAAGAGGAGUUGAUACUGAUAAGCUGUUCCUCUACGCCUCAAUUGUGGUAGAUACGAUUUGGAGGGCCCGCAACGACAAGGUACAUAAUAAUUCAAUGGGUAACAUUAAACACUAUAUUGACUCUAUUUUGUCUUGUUACACAGACUAUGGCUCCUGCCUUCUUUCCCCUCCACAGUCUGUUGAGACUCAGGCUUGGUCUCCGCCUCCGGAAGAUUGGAUUAAAAUCAACUGCGAUGUCAAAGUCGGAGGUGAGACUAUGUGUGCAGUGGCGAUUGCGAGAGACCAUAAUGAAUCAGUUUUGUGGGUGGCGGCAAAAAGGUUACAAUUCACUGACCCACUCACUGGAGAAGCUGCGGCCUGUCUUUUAGCCAUGGAGACGGCGGUCUCAUUACAUCAUCCUUUUGUUUUAGUGGAGAGUGAUUCUGAUGUUGUUAUCAAGAACCUAAAAGGGGAUGACUCUAUUUGGGGGAUUGAGAACUAUGUGCGUCAUUGCAAACUCCUCUCUACUUUUAUGACUAAUUGUAAUUUUUCUUAUAUUACUAGAAACUGUAACUACGCGGCCCAUAAUGUGGCUAAAUGGGCAUUUGCCCACAAUGUUACGGGCAUGGUAGAAAUCUCUACUAUACCUGUUAAUAUCUUUUGUAAUGACCAUGAGGUCUAA